AUGACGCUUUGCUUUCCUUUCAGGAGAACCAGAGAUGAUCUAAACUGCUACCAGGAACAAUGUGAUGCUAUUCUGACUGAUGUCAGUGCAGCUCUGGAGCACUUGGACUCCCUUCAGAAACAAUACCUCUUUGUGUCCAACAAGACUGGGACCCUGCAUGAAGCCUGUGAACAACUCCUAAAAGAACAGUCCGAGCUUGUUGACCUGGCAGAGAACAUACAGCAGAAACUGUCAUAUUUUAAUGAGUUGGAGAACAUCAACACGAAACUGAACUCGCCAACCUUGUCUGUAAAUAGUGAAGGCUUUAUACCAAUGCUGUCGAAAUUGGAUGACUGCAUUGAAUAUGUUUCUUCACAUCCAAACUUCAAGGACUACCCGGUUUAUUUGGCCAAGUUUAAACAAUGUCUUUCUAAAGCUAUGCACUUCAUGAAGAUCCACAUUGUAAACACUUUGCAGAAUCUUACAAGCCAGUUAACGAAAAGGGAUCCAAUGGGUUUGACCAACGCUGACAACGCCUUUACACUAUAUUAUGUUAAGUUUAGAGCAGCUGCACCUAAAGUUAGGUCACUGAUUGAACAGGUUGAACAGCGAGCAGAGAAGAUUCCAGAAUACCAUCAGCUCCUUGACGAAAUCCACCAGUGCUACCUUGACCAGCGAGAGCAGCUGCUCAGUCCCAGCAUCACAUCCACCAUUACUGAACUGACAAACCAGAACAGCAAAGACCACUGUGCCCUGGUUCGCAGUGGCUGUGCCUUUAUGGUUCACGUCUGCCAGGAUGAGCACCAACUAUACAACGAGUUCUUCUCUAAGCCCACAUCUAAACUGGACAAACUGCUAGAGCAGUUAUGUUUGUCCCUGUAUGACGUCCUGCGGCCUCUAAUCAUCCACAUUAUCCACCUGGAAACCCUGUCCGAGCUCUGCAGCAUUCUCAACAAUGAGAUGCUGGAAGACCAUGUUCAUAACAAUGCUGCUCAGUUGGGGGCUUUUGAUGCAUUGGUGAAGCAGAUGCUGGAGGAUGUCCAAGAGCGGCUGGUCUACAGGACCCACAUUUACAUCCAGACUGAUAUCACAGGCUACAACCCAGCUCCAGGGGAUCUGGCCUAUCCUGAGAAACUGGAGAUGAUGGAGAAAAUUGCUCAGAGCUUGAAGGAAGAGCAGAUGAAGCAGGUGACGCAGGAGUCGAUGUUUUCUGAUGUACAGCUUGAGAAUCCUGAUGGAAGAAGAAACAGUAAUGCUGGGAAUGUAGAAGCAUCGCGCCUGCAGACGUCCAUUUCUCCUGCUGAUCUGCACGGCAUGUGGUACCCUACUGUCAGACGGACACUGGUUUGUCUGUCUAAGCUUUACCGAUGCAUAGACAGAACAGUCUUCCAGGGUUUAUCUCAAGAAGCCUUAUCUGCCUGCAUCCAGUCACUUCUUAAAGCCUCUGAUAUCAUCCUCAAAAACAAGACGCAAAUAGAUGGACAACUUUUCCUGAUCAAGCACCUGCUGAUAAUGCGUGAACAGAUUGCCCCAUUUCACACCGAUUUUGCCAUCAAGGAAAUCUCACUGGACCUGAAGAAAACACGAGAUGCUGCCUUCAAAAUCCUGAACCCUAAGGCUGUUCCCAAAUUCUUCCGACUUAACAGUCACAAUGCCAUACUCGAAUUCCUGUUGGAGGGAACACCGGAGAUAAAGGAGCACUACAUUGACUCUAAGAAAGAUGUGGACCGACACCUGAAGUUCAGCUGUGAGCAGUUCAUCCAGCAGCAGACUCAGAUCUUCGUGGGGAACCUUGAGGAAUUCCUCACCAAGGUUGCAGCUCUUAAAACUAUGGCUAUCCAAGGUGGUCCCACAUACAGCCUGUCUCAGCAACCUUGGGCACAGCCAGCAAAGAUCAACGAUAUAGUGAUGGCUACCUACCGUGUGAUGAAGAGCAAGCUGCCAAGCACUUUACAGAGCAUGUCCUUGUACUUAGCCAAUAGAGACACAGAGUUCAUCCUUUUCAAGCCUGUCCGGAAUAACAUCCAGCAGGUAUUCCAAAGACUGCUCGCCUUGCUUCAGGAGGAAUACAACGGAGAAGACCUGCAAAUCAUCGCAUGUCCAUCUAUGGAGCAGAUCAACCUACUGCUGUCUGUAAAUAAGUAAUGCCCGGGUUUUGGCGUGGCGAUGCUGGCGAACGCCCCCUGGAUAGCAAAGCGAUGCUCCGACUCCAGCCGCGACCAGAGAGCUGCAACUGAGCUGCAAGCUGAACCAGGAAUGCUGAACUGAUGGCAAAGAUA